AUGCCAUCGGGUGCAAAACGCAACUGGCGGCAGGUGCCUGAGAAUGAUUUGGAAACGAUACGGUCAAGGCCGGCUAGCAUGGUCAAAAGCUGCGAAAGACGCGGAGACGCGCUCGUGUUUCACCUGAACCUGCUCGAGGCCAAGAAGGUCGAGGGCCAUGCGUACGAGUUCCCCUUUCCUCGCUACAUUGUGGCAGAUGAAUCGGGGAGCUGGCGAAAUACGCGCUCCACGCUUCAGCUUUUCCACGUAGACGAGCACGAGCACUUCCACCCGCUGGGGCCAGCACACAGCAAUCACAAGGACAUUGCGGAGACGGGUGAUGGCGCUUUUAGCCACUGGCGUCACGUGAUCACCGCCGGACCUUGGUGCAAAUCCAUGCUCCGCUUCUCAACGCCGAAAAACGUGCCUCUCAAGAAGCUCCGCGGCAUGGUUGCUGUGGUCUUUCCCCUGGCACCGCCGUUUGGAUGGAUUGAGUUCAAUCAGGGAAAGCACGUGGUGCAUCAGGAGAUUUUCCGCGAGCUCUUCUUGCAAACUUUUCCCACGGCGGGUGUGGCAAAGCCGCACCUCAUCGAUUCCGCAGAAGAGACAGUACCAGACACAAGGUAUGUCUGGCGGGUCGGUGGGAACCACGAGUUCGAGCUGCCUUUGAAGGAGGGCGAGCUCUACGAAAAGAGGCUGCCCUACCAAAUUGUGGAGUGGUACGCCAAGUUCCAGCAGCGAGGCGGUAUUCUUUAUCCGCCGCCUGAAACUUAUCUGUACUACCAGAACAAGGUAGGGCUGGCUCGCCUGUUCAAUGAGCGCAAGGUGAAAAUCCCUCCAACCUGGGUUAUCACGAGCUUGGAUGAAGCCAGGGCAGAGAAGGACAACAUCCGUUUUCCGGUCGUUAUCAAGGACCCCUACGGCUUCUCCAGUCUUGGUUUACUCCAGGCAGCUGACCAAAACGAAUUCAUGGAGAAGAUGCAGCUCUACUUCUCCAACGCCCUGCAAGACGUAGAGGCCAUCGUGCAGAGCAAGGUGGUUGCGCUCAAAGAGGCGCGGGUCACCUACGUGGACGGGCGCCCCUUCCACGGCUACUGGCGGAUAAGGAAGAGCCUCAACUCGGCAUCUGCGGCGAGCAACCUCGGAGGUUUCCAGGACUUCGAUUUUCCUCUGGCAGGCAUCGCACCCUAUGUGGCCGAGUUUGCAAACAAGACAGGCGUUCCGGUGGGAGGUGUUGACUUCAUCUGGGAAGAGGAGGAUGCGGAUGUGAAGACCACGCCGUAUACUCUUGAAGUUUCUCCCACGAGCGACAUCAAUCCACCGGCGCCAGCAUCCUGGCACAAGACGUACGCCGAGUUUAAGCACACGUCAGGCUACCGGAAAGCGUAUCUGGAAGUACGACGUGGAUGGACAGAAUUCAUGGUGCUGGCGGUGAUCGACCGGUACAGAUGCGAGCGCAAGCAUCUUUUUGUGGACAUUGAUAAUGUAAUAGCCCUCUCCAUGGACCGCGUCAGGCGGUGGAAGGGAGACAAAAAGGCCUACACGGCCAACGAGGUCAUGAAGGAUCUGCCCGUCCCGGGAGCAGCUGAUGCGCUUCGAAGGUUGCGUGAGAUAUACUUCGUCCGCUUUCUCACUGCUCGCGGGUCCUACGAGGACGCAUUCAACGUGACACAGACAUGGCUUGACUUGAACGAUUUUGAGUACGAUGACCUCAUCGUUGUGGAUCGUCCCCAGUCGAAGGUGUGCCACUUGACACCAGAGACCAUCUUGGUAGACGAUUUUACCCAUGGCCACGAGAAGGAGGAGCCAUCGCUGAAUCAGAACUUCAUGGACAAGCUCUCGGCGGCGAAGCUACCCUUCGUGCGGUUUCCGCUGGGUGGCAGUUGGGAUGACAUCAUGCCCGAAUUGCUUCAUUAA